AUCUGUCAGUGCUCAGCUGAUACCUGAGAAAGAUAUGGGUUGAUUUGAUUCAGUGAAAAAAUACUUGAAUGGGAUGAAAGAUGGUCCAGCUAUUGUAUAUCGUUGCCAGUUUACAUAUAUUACUAUGCCCAUUUACGAAAGUGGAAGAAAGUUUCAACAUACAGGCUUUCCAUGACAUCUUGUAUCAUAGACAUAACCUCUCACUGUACGAUCACAAUGAAUUCCCAGGUGUGGUACCUCGUACGUUUAUAGGACCUUUAGCAAUUACUAUAUUAUCAGCACCUAUUGUUGGCGUAUUACAUAUCUUUGGUAUUAACAAGUUUUGGAUGCAAUAUGUUGUUCGUCUUACUCUGGCACUUACAGUCAUUGUAUCAUGGAGUCGCUUGAGAAACGCCUUACAAAAACACUUUGGAAAUACAUUUUCAUGGUGGUUCACAAUAAUUACUGUUACACAAUAUCAUUUUAUGUUUUAUAUGAGCCGGCCAUUGCCCAAUAUCAUGGUAAUGCCUCUGGUGCUAUUAGCAUUAGAAGGAUGGUUUACCGGCAAACAUAAACAAUUCGUUAUAUGUGCUGGUGCUGCUAUAGUAAUAUUUAGAUCUGAACUUGCAAUGCUAUUUGGACUUUUUCUUAUUAUGGAUCUCUAUUUCAAGAAAAUUGAUCUGAAACUGUUAUUCAAAAUAGUCAUACCUACUGGUAUUGGGCUGGUGGCUCUAACUGUACUAGUGGACUCAAUAUUCUGGCAGAGGCUUUUAUGGCCAGAGGCUGAGGUGUUUUGGUACAACACUGUAUUGAACAAAAGUUCCGAUUGGGGUACUUCCCCAUUUCUCUGGUAUUUUUAUUCAGCUUUGCCACGCGGACUAGGCCCCAGCCUCGUCUUGAUUCCAGUGGGAGUGUAUUUGGACAAACGUCUCGUGCCACUGGUGACACCUGCACUUGUAUAUAUAUUCCUGUACUCUUUUCUACCUCAUAAAGAACUGAGGUUCAUUAUUUACGUAUUCCCAUUGCUCAAUAUCGCGUCAGCCGCAGCAUGCUCGUAUGUAUAUAUAAGACGAACCAAAGCACCCAUUUAUGAACUUCUCUUUUGGGGAAUAGUAAUUAUCAUUAUAGGUAAUGUAGUCAUGUCUUUAUCACUGAUGAUGGUUGCUAUGACAAAUUAUCCAGGUGGAGUUGCAAUGUCAAAAUUCCAUAAAUUGUUAAAAGAUGAACCUUUCGUAUAUGUGCAUAUCAGCAACCUUGCAGCCCAAACAGGAGUAACCAGAUUCACACAAUUAAAUGAUAAUUGGGUCUAUAGCAAAAAUGAAUCACUGCAACCCGAGCAGCUGAAAGAAUAUACACAUUUACUUAUAGAAGCGAAAAGUAAAUAUUCUUCUAAUAUUAAAGCUUUUGCUCAUACACACGUAAUAUUAGAUAGCAUUGAAACAUUUUCACAAGUGGCUGUUAAUUACAAACUAAUGCCACCUAUUAGGAUAAAGACAAAACCAGCUAUUUUCAUUUUGGAGAGAAAAGAUUUUAGAGAACAUCCACUGAGGGAAACAAUUGAUACUAAUUUAUUAAGCGAUGGUGGAUCUAAUCAAGCUUCAAAUGAAGAAUCUUUAGUUAAUGUGAUAAAUUACGAGACUUCCAGUGAAGUACUAGAUGAGGCACCAGAUGAAAUUCUUCCGGAAAGUGAAGAAAAAGUUCUUGGUACUCUGACAAAUGAGAACACUUUUAAUCAACAUGAUAAUUUGAUAGUUGAAGACAGUACCUAUGUAGAUCAAGAAGAGAAUGAAAAUAUUGAAUUGGAAGAAAAGCCUAUGGUUGACAAAGCUAAAAUAGCUUUUGAUGAAUUCAAGACUUUAAGGCAAGAAAGGAAAAGAAAAGCUAUAGCUAAAAUAAAAUCUGAAACUCGUAAGGAAGUAGUAGCUUCAGCAAAAGAAAAAUUAAAAGAGAUAAUGAAACGCCAUAAACAUGUUGCUGAGGAACUUUCAAAGACAAUAGAAACCACAGUCAACAUCGAAGAAGAGAUUGAUGGUCGAGGUGAUAUACCUGAAAUAAAUAUGGUAGAAGAAGAAGUAGAAAUACCACCGACUCAAGAUGUCAAUGAAACAAUUGUAUUGCAAAAUUCGUCAGAAACUUUUGAGACCAUCGUUUUAAGAGAUGAUUUACUUAAUCAUACCAAUGAUAACAUUGACGCUAUUGUAGAAGAAGUAAUAGUCAGAUUGAUAGACAGAAAAAUAUAUGAUGAUAAAACUAAACCUGAAGACAUAAAAGCUGAAGAUAGACAAAUUAUUCAAAAAAUCGUAGAAGAAGUUCUUUCAGAGAGAAUGAAUUAUUCUCAUACGGAUUCAUAAGUGUGUAAUAUAAAUAAGUAUAUUUGUUGUACUCUUUUUGUAAAUUUAUGUCGAUGGUUGAAAGACUAAUUGAAGUAAGCGACACUUUUAUGGCAUAAGCAGUUUCGAUAUUUUUUUAAGGGAAAAAAUACAAGAAAGCUUCUUACAUUGAUUUUUUGUAUAUAGACAAUUCCGCAAAUGAUAUCAGUUAGGUCAGUGAGCCUUUCAAUUGUCGGUUUGAUCUCUUGACUUAAUGAAUUUUGUACAAAAUUGUGUAUUUAAUAUUUAAAAAUAAGUUAAAAAGUGCCAACGCUCAUGAAGUACUACCGUGCCUUUGUAAUAUAUUGUUAAUAUAUAUCUUACCGUUAUUUCACUAUGAAUGGCAGCAAUAUCAUAAUAACGUAUCAUUAAUUUUAUACUGUCUAGUCGGAAUUUCAGUGUUAUUUAAUUUUAAAUAAUCUACGCAUUUCAUAGUAAAUAAACACCAUAUUGAUAUCCAAA